AUGGAUCUCGCAUCGCAGCUCCGCGCCUCGCUCAUUGCCCAAGCCCUUCCUCCGCCUUCCACCGCCUUUCUUACCUCGUUGAUCGCCGCCCGUGCACCACCUCCGCCUCUUCCAUCUCUGCUUGCCACUGCAAAGGCCCGUCUGCUUGCGUGCGACCUCUCCUCGACCGCCAGCAGUACGCUUCUCGACCGCACGCUGCUCGCGGCCCUGCCUAUCGACGGGGCCGCCGCCGCCGCCGCCGCCAAGGUCACCCUCGUCCGUGACGUCCAUGUCCAAGUCGUCGACGUCGAGAACCUCAGCCUCAGCCGGUGGCAGCAAGUGGAGGCCCUCGACGCCCUCGAGCGUGGCGAGGGUACCCGAGGUCGCCAGGUCGUUCGCCUUGCCGCCACCACCGACGGCGCCGAAGGAGAUGGCAACGGCGCCGAUGAAGAUGCCACCAAUGGUGAUGUCCAGAAUCACACGCGGCGGGCAGCGCAGACAAACGCGGCUGCGUCCGCCACGGCCUCGCCCAACGCGACGCACCGCCUCGUCCUCCAGGAUCACAAGGGCACGCGCAUCUUCGCCGUCGAGCUUCGCCGCAUCGCUCGCAUCGGCGUCGGCAAGACGAACAUGGGGGAGAAGAUUCUUCUUCGUGCCGGUACUGUCGUCUCCCGCGGCAUCGCCCUUCUCACUCCCGAGACUUGCGUCCUACUCGGCGGCAAGGUGGAGACAUGGCACGAAGCUUGGCUUCGAGAUCGCCUGGCAAGUUUGCGAGAAGCGGUGGCUAGCCCCCAGCCCUGA